AUGUGCGAUUGGUUGCCCGAAGGGCUAUCUGAUCCGAUCAAUUGUGUAAGUCGUAGCGCGCUAGCGCGCGUACUCUUCCUCUAUGAGCGAGACUCCAUCAAAAUCUGCCACUCAUUGGGCGACACCCUCUUUUCUAUGAACACCCCACCACUGAAUGAUGAACUUUGCCAGUCUUCGCCUCUGACCCAACCAAGAGAGAACGAGUUAGAUACACUUUACAAACAAAGGUACGAGCUACAUACGAGGAGAAUGAACUACAUAUAUGGAGCGAACCGAGGCGGAAGAAGUCAACUGAGAGAGCCAUUCCACGCAAGUCAUUUCCUAUGUUCAUGUGUAAUAGCAAGCGACAUGAUAGAUUUGAUCACAUUACGGGCUAAGGUCAGAAUGUGUCUGUAG